AUCCUUUUGCUAACGAUAGCUAGACAAAGAAAUUAAAGAAAAGUUUUUUACAGACAAUUUUAAAUUAAUUAAUGGUUUUAAAAAAAAUUGUAGAUCCUUUUUUUUUUUCAUUUCAGAUUUUUUUUUUAUUUUGUUCCUAACAGCAGUUGAUGAAUGCAGCUGCACUAGGCAGUCUAGGUUUAAUUUAGAGCUAGAGAACGAACAGGUUUCUCUAACGCAUUGUUAUUGUUGUUUUGGUAUUUUGUAACUUCUGAGGCUUGAAUUUUCUGUUCUUGGUUUCCAUUUGGGAAGAAUACAAUAAUUACAAAGCGGUAAUCUCUUGAAAAGGAAAUGAAGGAAUCCUGAAAGGCAUGUUGUUGUUGGUUUAUAGAGAAGGUGCUCGAGAGAUUAGUGAUUAAAUAAGGUGUUUCAAAUUAAGAGAAAGAGAAAAUGUCUGAUAAUGGUGGAUCAUCGGACGGUAAUGAAACCACAUCAGGUAAGACACCUCCUUCAGGUUCAGACACAUCUGAAUCUCCACCAUCUCCAGAUUCUAGUAAAUCAUCACCGGAUUCACCUCCUUCAGAUUCCAAGAAUUCACCAUCAGAUUCUGGGAAAUCGUCGCCAUCACCGGAUACUCCGCCAGAUUCCGAAAACUCAUCCCCACCUCCACCACCACCACCAGAGUCUGAUUCUUCACCGCCUCCAGAUUCAAAUGGUGAAAACCCACCACCUUCAGAUUCGAAUAAUGAUUCAGAACCUUCAAAAUCCUCUCCACCUCCACCAUCGGAUAAAGAUAAGACUCCUUCCGAUUCUUACCCAGCUCCAAAAUCAUCUAAUGAUUCUCCUCCAAAAUCUGACAAAGGAGGCAAAAGUUCCCCUCCAUCAUCUGACAAUCGCAAUGAUUCACCAAACAAUGAUAACCACAAUUCUCCUCCUGGAACACCAGAUUCCCCACCUCCACGCGAUGGUACACAAUCUAAUCGUUCAUCAAGCCAUGUUCCAGAGCUAAGUGGUCCUUCCACGCACUCAAGCCGUACUCCAUCCACCCAAAUUGACAUUGGCGCGGUUGUUGGUGUAACCGUAGCAGGAGUGCUAAUCUUUGGUUUGAUUGCCCUCUGCUUUGCCAUUACAAGAAAGAAGAAAAAACGGCCUUUAGAAUACGACCCUUACGGAGCAUCGCCACCCAACUACUCAGGGAAUUCAGGAUAUUACAACGGGCCACAUUCGCAGCAGCAUUUAAUAGCAGGGAUGCCAGGUGGUUACUCACAAGAAUAUUAUAGCGGGGGGAGACCAGGUGGUCACUCACAAGAAUAUCAUAAUGGGGGUAGACCAUCAGCAUAUCCUAAUUCUGGUCCAAUAAAUAGCUACGGUAGCUACAAAGGACCAGAUUCAGGUACAUUAAUGUCAGGUGCCCAGUCGUCAUUCACAUAUGACGACUUAAUGGGCAUAACAGAAGGAUUUGCUCGCAAAAACGUUAUUGGAGAAGGUGGAUUUGGAGCUGUGUACAAGGGUUACCUUCCCGAUGGGAGAACAGUAGCAGUGAAACAGCUGAAGGCUGGGAGUGGCCAGGGUGAGAGGGAGUUCAGGGCAGAAGUUGAUAUAAUCAGUCGGGUUCACCAUAGGCAUUUGGUUUCUUUGGUUGGAUACUGCAUUGCUGACGCCCAAAGAUUGCUUGUCUACGAAUUUGUUCCGAAUAAUACUCUUGAACAUCAUAUACAUAAUCAAGGAUUGCCUGUAUUAGAUUGGUCCAAAAGAGUAAAAAUUGCCAUCGGUUCAGCUCGGGGGUUGGCAUAUCUACAUGAAGAUUGUCACCCAAAAAUAAUCCAUAGAGAUAUCAAAUCUGCCAACAUCUUGUUGGAUAAUGAUUUUGAAGCACAGGUCGCAGAUUUUGGGCUUGCUAAGCUAUCAAAUGACAUCACCACCCAUGUCUCAACUCGUGUAAUGGGAACAUUUGGGUACAUGGCACCUGAGUAUGCUUCAAGUGGCAAAUUGACUGAUAGAUCAGAUGUGUUCUCAUUUGGGGUGGUGCUUCUAGAGCUUGUGACCGGACGUAGACCUAUUGACCCAAGCCUGCAGGAUGAGAGUUUGGUUGAAUGGGUCCGACCACUGAUAGCAAGUGCAAUAGAAACUGGAGAUUUUUCUGAGUUGGUGGAUUCAAGGCUUGAAAACAGAUACGUGGAAAGUGAGAUGUUUAAGAUGGCUGAGACAGCUGCUGCUUGUGUUCGUCACUCUGCUACUAAAAGACCUCGCAUGGUGCAGGUAUUAAGAGCGUUAGACACCGACGGUGACAUGCCAGAUAUCAACAAUGGUGUGAAAGUAGGUCAGAGCACUAUUUUUGAAGCAAAUUCAGAUCUUCAAAAAUUUCGAAUGUUGGCACUGGGUGGAAAUGAUAGUGCGGACUACAGCACGUAUAGUGGAAGUGUGAACUCUAGAGCAAAUAUUUUACCCCCGAAACCUCCACCAGGUUGGAGUGGUUAAUAGGAAACUCGUGUCAUUAACCAACGCAAGCGGUGAAUGGCGACAUUCAAAUUGCCUUUCACUUGCAGUCUUGCACCAUCGUUGCGCCUGCCUCAAAGAAAUGUAGAUAGAUAUAAAUGAGAUGAGCUCAGGAAAAUCCUAAUCAGCUAAAAAACAAACACUAACUUUUACCUUUUGCAUUUAGAUGUACAUAGAAAUGAGAUCUACAAGUGUAUUAUACAGUCUUUUGUGAAAUCUUUUUAUAUAUUUACACAGCAUGUUAGCAUUGUUGAAUAACAGAGUUCCUAACAGGGCCGGCCGUGAGGUAGUUGAUGCCCAAAGCAACCUUCAAAAACAUUGCCCUAUGUGAUUACUAGCCAUUUG